GCCACGGAAAACUGCUCGGUGUAGUGGUCGUGGGCGGACAACGCCGGCGCGCAGUGCGUUGGCAGGCUGGCGGAAGCCGACGGCUGCCGGAGCUGGACGAGGCGCGCAAGGGAUGUGUAGUGGAGUAUGGAGUGAAGCUAGGGGAUGCGAGUGGCGAGAGCUUCGUGCUCCCCGGCGGGCAGACCUGGAGGAGUGUGGAUGCGGCGGCGCAGGGCGCUGCCCAUGGUAUAGGGUACAAUUCAAGGGCCACGAUGGUGUUGCUCGUGACCACCACGGGCAUGUUUUGUGACAAAGCUUUGUGGAGCAUCGUGUCUCGCCAGAAGGGCUCGGCGCUGCAGCCGGGGCGGAAUAGGAGCUCUUGCGGGGCAAUCUAUGUGUUCUCGGAGCUUGGUGGCAAGGUAGACAGGAAGAGGCAAGGGCAGCAUGAGGGGCAUUGGUCUGUCGCACAGGCGCGGCAACAGGGGAUCGGGUACACCGGAGCUGGAAGAGUGGAUUCGCGGGAGAUCCGAAGCGGGUGGAGCGACAGGGCGCUGCCCAUUAGUUUCAUGGCCGGAGGGAAGGGGACUGUGCGGCAGACUUGCCUCAGGGCCGAAGUGGUGGCUGUGAAGGAGAACAAGGCGCCGAGGUUGCUGCAGGGGCCGGAGGAGGUGGCUCAUAGAGCGAAAAUGUUUCGCGGCACGGGGGCUGAUAUCUGGACUAGACACAGUCUGGUGCAGAAGGCGAUCGCAACAGGCAGCACGGAUUGGGAGGAUGCGGCCGAGGAGAUGAUGCUGCACUGUGUUCAGAUCUGCUACAAUUCAGCCGCGAGA